AUGUCGAACUCUACGCUAAGAAGAACAACUUUUUUCAAGCUUUCUACGAAAGAAGAAGCAUGCUCCAGUAAUAAAGCAGUGCAAAGUAAUAACAACUCUAUUGAAUUUCCUAAUUUGAAGAGAAAUGGUAAGGCUUUUACUUGCUCAUCCAAUGAAAAAACUUCAAAGAAGUUUACUAGACCAAGAAAUCAAUUUGUGCUUAUGCGUACACUCUUUAAUAGAUGUGUGACUACACACAUCUUAGAACAUUUUAACCAAACAAAGAUUCAGAAAAACAUGUUUUCAGUUACUUCUAAAAUAACUUCGGAACUUUGGAACGAGUCCCCCUCUGAACUCAAAGUUUAUUUUCUGCUAUUAGCAACUUUAGAAGAGAACUGGCAUAAAAACAAACAUUAUUGUUCAUGGGACAAACAGUCAUCUCAGACGCUUAGUAUGGAACCUAUAGAAAAUUCCCAUAUAUUUUCCAGACUGGCAAUAAGUCUGUCAAUGGGAGUAGGGAGUGCUGUAAGUUCAUAUAGCGCAAAGGAUUUGUGUCUAUUCCCUAAGACUAGAACCAAAAAGAAGAGGGUUGCGUCACCAACUCUGUUACCCAACCAAAGGUUCAAUUCAAAAUUCAACUCAAAACUCUCUCAAGAUACAAAAACAAAAUCACCAAAAAGCUUGGUUAGACUAAAGUCAACCAAGCUUCCAACCCAAUCUGGUAAAGUGUUUAAGAAACGCUAUCAAAAUGAAAACCGGGUUAUCGAAGAUCUCUUCCUUGUUUAA